AUGAUCAAAUUACCAGAGAAUAUUUCAACACUUAAAACUUCUAAAGAUAAGUAAUUCAAAGGUAUUUCAUAUAUUAUUAUCCAGUUCAUAUUACAUAUUGUGGUGGAUGAGGAUAUUGGUCUCAAUCCAACUUGGCCUAAUAAUACAUUAAAUCAUUAUAUCCUUAAGCUGAAGUGACAAGCAAGUCUUAAGAUAAAAUAACAGGAGAAAUGGAAAUAACUGUGACAAGAAAAGAUGCUAAAUCUGAAAAAAUUCAUUCUAAAUUAGGUGGAGAUGGACCUUUUGGAGCAUUUUCAGCAGAGAAAGCUAUGAAAAAGCUUGUCAAUUUUAUUGAAAAUUGA